AUGAAUGGAAAUUCCGACUCGAGCGAGAGGAAAGAAAUUUCCUUGCAUUUCUUACCUGCGAUAACAGCAGAGCCCAACAGCCGCCGCGAGGUUGAGCUCCGACAAUCAAGUGCCAGGUCACAUCUCGCCAAAUCCAUGCAUCGCCGUAAAAGAGAGGACAAGAAACUGCCAUCAGAACAGGACGAUAUCGAGUUACACAGGACCGAUAAGAGUUGGACGGUGCUGGAGAGGAGAACCAAGAAAAAUGACAGACCUCUUCUGCUUACCUCUGGACAACUCAGCGUGUGCGUUAUCCCAGACCGGAUAGUGGAUACACACACCAGGAUGCUGCUUCACUACUGUACACAAUCGUUCUGGCCAGGGUUCGAGAUCGGGUCAGCCGCGUUUCACAUUCCACCGUUCGCUGUCGAUUACAACACUCUUAUUGCUCAAGGUCCAGCGUUGGUGCAUGCUUGUCUCUGGCAAGCUGCUGUAAAUCUCGCGUUCAAGAGAAACUCACAGGUUACCGAUAAGCAAAGUUUGCUACACUACAACCAAGCCAUUGCGCAUAUCUCGAAGGACAUCACGAAACCUGUCGCAGAGAUACCUGAGCAGACUCUUUAUGCCAUACUCAGUCUGUGUGGUCCUGAGAUGUCACCCGGCGAUGGAAACGGCAUCACCGAAAAGGCGUUUAAUCCGCCAUUAGCGGAGCUGUCUUGGAUCCAUGUCUUUGGCAGCAGACUACUCAUCGACUCGCACGCCAAGGCCUUGAUGAAUCUGGUAGAUUUGAAAGGCGGUAUCCAUAACGUCAAGUACGCUGGUUUUCAGGCAUCCUUCAACUACAUGGACCUUGUACGCGCCACGCAAAAGCUUGUCAAACCUCACCUUCCUGUGUCUCGGCUUUACGGCCGUGUCAAGGAGACCCACGAUAGGGUCAAGUUCUUUGGGUACGCUUCUGAUUUCGUCCAUCCUUCUCCCCUCGAUGAAUUGUCGCCUAUUAUCGACAAUAUGAGUGCGCUUGGAUUAUCAGAUGAUAUCAGAGAAGCAAUCUGUGACAUGCGAGUAUGGGUCAAGGUCAUAGAGGCAUACCAUCACGGCGCGUUGGCAAACCCUGAUCUCUCGCUUCUAGCUGCCCAUAGGGAUCUCAUCCAACAGCGACUUCUCGCAACUCUCCCAGAUGGGUAUGAUGGAAAGAAGCCCGUGCAAAUAGAAGCGUCUCGGUCACCAGAAACCACUGCAGACCACUGGGUCAAUGAGAUUAUUCAGACAGCCCUGCUGAUAUUCUCAUUGGGAGUUACAUGUCCCAUCUCCUACGCACCUCCUUACCAUCAUGCUGCACAGAGGUUAAGGGAACAGCUUAUCCUGUAUAAGGAGCGAGCGGCACAUCUAGGAUUAUCUGACUUGCUGAUAUGGCUUGGCAUGAUAGGACUUCUUUGUACCGAACAGGUCAGGUCCGGGCUUAGGGAGUGGUUUGUUGGAUUCCUCGGUGUGAUGGAGCAGAAGCGCGGAGUCGCCGGGGACAUUCGAGAUUGGGAAAUGGUCAAGAAAGAGUCGCUCGAGCACAUUUUGUGGUCUUCUGUCGCCUGCGAUGCUGCAGCGGAAAAGGCGUGGCACGAUGUCCAAGGAGCCGCGGACGAGACAUCUUGGAAUUGGGGCAGAACAACAUGGUCAACGAUGCUGGGAACUAUAUGUGGAUAA